AAAAGGCUUUUAUGAUCCAUAUGUCUGCAAAUCGAAGUGGAGCAGAGAGGGUAUGUCAAUGGGACACCUUCAAAACCCUAGGAAUGUGAUUCUCGCGGGUUUUAAUGUUAAUAUAAACCCUAACAUCAACCCACACAAUUGGAUUUACCAGAAAUGGCGAUUCACCGAUCCCCUGCCGUCAUUGCGAUUUCUCUCUCUCAUUUGGCGGGGAUUGAGCAGGUCGGUGAUUUGAGCCUCUGAGUCACCAAAAUCAUCGUCUCCUUCGAUUUCAUUAAAGGGUUUCUUCUUUUUAUUUUUUUACAUUUUCCCCCAUUUUUUUGGGGGGGGGGGUUGGGUUGGGGAAGACAGAGGAGAGAGAGAGAGAGAUGAGGAUUUCAGACGGUUUGCAAGGAACGGUUGGGGUUGAUUGCAGCGUAGGAAGUAUUGUUUGGGUUCGGCGGAGGAAUGGCUCUUGGUGGCCAGGGAGGAUCCUCGGCCCAAAUGAGCUCUCUGCUUCUCACCUCAUGUCACCCAGAUCGGGAACCCCGGUCAAGCUUCUUGGAAGAGAAGAUGCUAGUGUGGACUGGUACAAUUUAGAGAAAUCCAAGCGUGUCAAGGCAUUUAGAUGUGGGGAAUUUGAUGAUUGUAUUGAAAGGGCUGAAUCAUCCCAGGGCAUUCCAAUAAAGAAAAGAGAGAAAUAUGCACGUCGAGAAGAUGCUAUUCUUCAUGCUCUUGAGCUUGAGAAGCAGCAUAAAAAACUAGAUGUUGGUUUUAAUUCUACGAGCAAUAAAAUGGCUGGGAAGAUGAUUACAUCUCAAAUGGGGAAUGAUCAUUGCAAAUUUGGAAAUAUAAAAUCACAGGAUGAGAAGAUGGGAGAUCCUUUGCAUGUGCAAAAAGUCAAACAGGGGAAGCAGAUGAGCUGGGAAGAUGAUAAUUCGGAAGCCAAACCUCGGAUGAGAGGCUUGCAGGAUUUUGGGCUGAGGAUUGCCUCUUCAAAGACAAAGUUUUCUGCCUCCACUGCUCUAGAGGGUUCUCAUAGACUUUCUGUAGUUGAUCAUAUGGAUUUUCAUGCAAAUGGUCGGAGUGUGGGGAAUGAAAAUCAUGUCAACAGCAGUAAGAAUUCUUUGGCAAUCAAAAGAAAAAGGUCACAGGGUGGGCUGCUUGAGGGAUCCAUUGUCAAGAGACGUGAUAGACGCCGUCCUCUUGUUCAAGUAUUACAGAGUAGUGCAAAAUUGCCAUUAUCACACUCUUUCCAGACUGAUGGCAAUGCUGUUUCUACCCUUGUGCGUGGUGAAAAAGAACAGAUGGGGGUUAUUUGUCGUGCCAAGAGGAGCAAAUGUGUAUAUUUGCCUGCGGACUUGAAUGAUUGUUUAGAUCACACAGAAUGUCCUCCAGACCAGAUGAAGAUAUCACGGACACAGUUAGGAAUGGAUAACUGUCAACUCUUCCCUGGUUCUUUGACGGAAGGAGUCACUUUUGAGGAAAUGAUGGAAGAUGCAGAAUCUGACUCUUCUGAGAGGGAUUCCCUAGACCCUGACAUGGAUGAAGAGACAACUCUAUUAUCAGGUGCUACUACUGAAAUGCAGCCAGUAGCAGAACCAAGUUCUGGCAAAUACAUGAGUGGCAAUGGUUAUCAAGUUCAAGGUCAAUCAGAAAGCAUGAGUAGUGAGGAGCUUGAAGAGUCACCCCUUACUAGAUAUGUGUCUCACCCUCACCCUCAUGACCAGACUGCAGCUGUUGCUGCUGAUGUAGGGGUAUCAAAAUGGAAACAGAAAGGGAAAAGGAACAUCCGGAAUUUAACCAAGAGACCCAUGGAGGCAAGAGAAGGAAAAUUCUCCAAUGGAUCCAUUCAUGAAACAUAUCUUGAAGGAGAGGGAAACAACUUAAACCAAAAGGCAUCUGGACUAGGUUCUUACCCCGCAUGUGAGGAUCUGAAGUAUGUCUAUGAUGAGGGUGAUUUGACUGAGAAGGAUUCAAUGCAUACCCAAGUAUCUGGACUUGGCAAUGGAAGAUACCCUAUACUAAAAUCUGCUUCCAAAGACCACAACAGAAUCAUCACUGACGUUGCCGAUUCUGAGGAAGACCCAGUCUGGGGAGCAGAUGGAUUAUCUCAAUCAACACUAAGAGAAUACUGGGAAAACCAAGGUGAGUACUUUGAUCCAGUAUAUGGUACUCAUCGUCUUGGCAAUAGGAUGGAAUCGACAUUGGUAGAUGUGGACUUGAAGGUCCAAGCAAGCUAUCAAGGAGAGCAUGUCCCUUUGGUUUCUCUAAUGAGUCGAUUGAAUGGGAAAGCAAUAAUUGGACAUCCGAUCCAAAUCGAAGUAUUAGAAGAUGGUGCCACCGAUAAACUUCUUGUUACAUAUGGGGGGUUUGAUGUGGAACCCAGUUACAAUGAUGGAAGUACAGGACUUCCACCUGUCUGGAGAACUGCCAGAAGGACGGCCAUGCACCGUGUCCCUCGUCCGCAACUUUUGUCUGCACCGGAGGAUGAUGAAAGUGCUGAACUUCACCCUUAUGCAGAUCUUGAAAGUAAGCCUCUGUACAAGAAGCCAUAUCCAGCAAAUUUUAGUCAUAAGGCAAGGCUGAUGAAAAAGAGCUUGUCUCUAAUUCGUCGGCCUCCUAUAACUGAAAAGAAGUUCCCAAAGAAGCUCUUGAAGAAAGUUAGUGUUUCUAGCCAGAAAACAAGGACACUAUCUUCAAUUUCUAUUGACCAGGAAUUGACUGGCAAGGCUGGCAAUUCAAAGCUUUCAAAUAAGAGGGACAUGGAGGGGCUGAUCAAACCAGUAGAAACUGGACUUACUACAGUUACCUGCAUCCCUGUGAAACUAGUGUUCAGUAGGUUACUAGAAUCAGUUGGAAGGCCUCCAUCAAGACCUGCUAAUCAUGGGGUUUUGAAGGGAGAUAUAGAAAGAAAACCAUCGUAAAAGGCAAUGUAAAUUGUUACAUGGGAUCAAUAAUCUUGUACCACCAAAUCACCAAAGAUCAUCACCUGCCUG